AGCAGUCGUGCUGCUUUCCGGUAGCGUGUAGGAGCAAAGGUAGCGGUGUGACAAGAAGCUAACAUGUGGACGCGCCAAGUCUGACAGGAUCAAAGUUUAUUGAGGAGAGUUCCAAAUAUUCUUUGAAACACCACCCGAUGACACGCACCACCCUGGCUGACAACAGCGUCUGACGAUCAGCUGCUGCUUGGAUCCGCUGGAGUCAUGGGUGGGAGUCUGGGUUGCCAUCGCUCCAUCCCCAGAGAUCCCAGCGAUGUCAGCGGCGGAAGACGCAAAUUCAGCGCCGCUUGUAACUUUGGAAGCAUCCUGGUGAAGCAGGAGCGUCUGAACAUCAACGCGGCCACUGAGGAGGAACUCAUGACUCUUCCUGGAGUCAACCGCACUGUCGCCCAGAGUAUAGUAGAGUACCGGGACUGCAUUGGGGGGUUUAAAAAGGUGGAGGAUCUGGCACUGGUGAGCGGAAUCGGGGCCACCAAACUGGAGGCCAUAAAACUUGAAAUCUGCGUCUCCAGCAGAACAAGUUCGUCCCAGCAUUCGCCGUCUUCCCUGCGAAAAGACUUUGAUCAGCAGCCGUGUUGCGGGAUGAACAUUAACAUGGCCACCCCUGCUCAGCUUAUGAGCGUCCGAGGUAUCACGGAGAAAAUAGCCCAGAAUAUCAUCGCCUAUCGGACUGAGCGCGGCCCGUUCAAAAGCAUCGAGGACCUGGUGAGAGUGAAGCACAUCAACGGCUCUCUUUUGGACAAAAUCCGUUUCCAGGUGUUCGUGGAGCGACCCAGGGCGCCCUCCACCAACACCAACGGAGGACUGACCUGCAUGAUGAAAUCUCACCCCAGUCCCACUUCCCUCAGCCUGAAAAGCGACAAUUUGGACCUCCCACCCGGCGGACCGAGCCAGCUCAUCUCUGUGCGACCGAGCGUUGAGACGCCGGCCGUGCUGCGGGACGGGAAGCCCGUGGUGCGCGUGGCCACAUGGAACCUGCAGAACUGCUCCUGCGACAAGGCCAACAACCCCGGGGUGAAAGAGGUGGUGUGCAUGACCCUACUGGAGAACGACAUCAAGUUACUGGCAGUGCAGGACCUUCUGGAGAAGGAUGUCCUCACCAAGUUCUGUGUGGAGUUAAACCAAGGGACUCUGGCCAGUGUUCGCAAAUGGAAAUGGCCACGAGGCAUAUGGAAAUGUAUUGUGUCUGAAGAACCCACCGGACCUUCCUGCAAGGAGGUGAGCUAUUCUGGAUUUCUGUGGGACUCCACGGGCGUAGAGCUACAGGAUGCUGCGGUGUUGCAGUCGCCCGCUGCUAAGGGCAAUGACGCCAGCUCCAGACUCUUCGUGGCUCACUUCUCCAUUGGUUCAUACAAGGUGGCUGUGGUGAACGUCCACAUGCAGGCGACAGUUGGAGAGUCCAACGGCAAGAAGCACAGUACAGACAUCAAAUAUGGUCCUCUGUCCCCCAUCAGCCUGGAAACAAUGAAAGGUGAGAAGGAAUUGGUGGUGCUGGGAGACUUUGGUUGUCCCCCUCAGAGUUCGGAGCUGGACGUCCUGAGGAAAGAAAAGUUGUGUGCUCUGCUCGCAUCCAACCAGUUCACCAACAUCAGCACCUGCUCCCCGCAGGGCACCCUCUGCCUGGACAACAUCUGGGUGAGCCGCUCCGUCAAGAAGAUCUACUCUGGACACUGCACAGUCGUUAGGGAGGGCUUGACCAACCCCUGGAUUCCUGAUAAAUGGUCAUGGGGUGGAGUGGCAUCAGAUCACUGCCCUGUGGUGGCUGACUUCUAUGCUGACGUGUUCGGGAAAGAUCUACGUGGGCCUGGGGUGAGCGUGCUCGAGAGAGACGACAAACCCAAACAUGAGCGAUGACAGCACUUCAACAUUGACGGAUGCUGACCUUGCAAAAUCUUUUCUUCAUCAAUGUGCCAACAUUUGACAUCAUGUCUGUAUGUAAACCAUGUGCAAUAAAACUAACAUUUGUGUCUCAACUUUUUUUUUUUCA